AUCUGUGAUCAAGGAAAUGAGUCGAGGCUGGACGAAUGUUUGGAAUUCCGUUUCCGUUAUAGGGACUGGGAGUGAACAUUGAUUCGAACAGAACGUGACUUAAAUCAAUGUAAUUCAGAGAUCUACUUAACGUGUAAUUUUUGGUUGUACCUUUUGAGCUUUGGCUAAAUUGGAUCAUGGCUUCUUCGCCGGAAAAGUCGCCGUCCUCUCCCAAAUCGCCGUCGACUCCGAAAUCUCCCUCUUCCAGAAAAAAAGAUGACUCGUUCCUGGGAAAACUUGGAGGAACUUUAGUAAGAAGAAAGAAAGCAAAAGAAGGUAAAGUUCAGAUCAAAACAAUACUGUCAAAAACAUGUAUAAACUUCACUUGCGAGCAGUUGUGUGUGUAAACUAAACGGCAAAGGACAUGAAGAAAAUGUUUAUUUUAUGGCCCAUUUGAACUUGCUAGCUACAGCAAUGUUUCACAACCCAAUCUAUUGUCUACUCAGUUUGAUUCUGUCAAUUCAUUACUGGUAAAGCUAAAACGAAUUCGCCUGCACGCUUUCCCCACUGCACAUUCAUUGACGAUAUCAGAAUGGAGUAGCCUCGGGGCUUAUCUAGGCUACAUAAUAAAUAGGCCUGUCUGUAAACUAGCCAAUACACUCAAAUAAUGUCUUGUAUUUCAACUUUCUUGUAUUGUGUUGACCUGCAGGGCAGCCCGGGGGUGCAUACAGUGCAGCGCCUAGUAGAGCUACUAGAGUACUACAUUACUAGAGUACUUACUACAGUAGGGCUAUUUACUAUAGCUGCAGGCUAUGAUUGCCAUGUAGGGAACACUACUGCUGCAACCUAUACUUAGAGGUAGAUCUAACAUAGUAAACGAAAAUCUGGGACACUGAAAUUAGUAUGAUAUUUUACGUUUGGUAUGUAUUAAUUUGUGGAUGUCCAUCCAUUUCGUAUGAUUUGUUAUUAAUUACAAUUGGUAUGAUAUGUUACGAAUUGCAACUUGUACAAUAUGUUAAGAAUUUGUAAUAUGUAUGAUAUGUUACGAAUUGCAAUUUGUUGUGGCUAACAUUAGCUAGGUGGCUAAUGCUAACGUUAGCUAGGUGGCAAAAGUUAGCUGGCUUAGGGCAGUGUUCUACACUGUUUUUCCACUGGUGCUACCAACUUUUUUCCCCCGUUGGUAGCACCAGCACAUGAUUUUGUCGCACCAAUUUUAUAUAUAUAUAUAUAUUUGUAUUUAUUUAUUAAUAAUGACCUGGCCUGUGUCCCAUAAUGUGUCUGCAUUCCAUACAGAACCAGGCUAAUAAUGACUAGCCAUCUUUUACAUCAGCAUGCCCUUGUGUUCUUACAUUGAUUUGGAUCGAUUUACUGUAACAGCAAAGAAAGUAUAUUAAAAUAAAGUGCAAAAUGUAUUUAUUGCAAAUUUCAAAGUGCCAUAUGUACUUUUAUGAGGGCAGAAAAUAAAAAACGAUACUUGAUACCAAAAUGAUACCACGGCCCCAAAAAAAUAAAGUUGGGGGAAGGACUGAUUUCCUCUAGUUUUGUGUAGUUACCGUUUAAUUCAGGUGAGCAUCAGUCAGACCGUUUUGUUUGGCUAGCGGUGUUUCUGUAGCGCACUUGUGAUGGAGUUUUCAAAGCAAAUGGCCAGGAUUGAUUCAAAUAAUCAUGAUUCUGCCAGGUAGGCAUAGGCUACUUCGUAGUUACCUUUGAAUUGCCUUUCCAUCUACCCAAAAACGGUUAGGCUACAGUGGGGAAAAAAAGUAUUUAGUCAGCCACCAAUUGUGCAAGUUCUCCCACUUAAAAAGAUGAGAGAGGCCUGUAAUUUUCAUCAUAGGUACACGUCAACUAUGACAGACAAAAUGAGGAAAAAAAAUCCAGAAAAUCACAUUGCAAGGAUUUUUAAUGAAUUUAUUUGCAAAUUAUGGUGGAAAAUAAGUAUUUGGUCAAUAACAAAAGUUUCUCAAUACUUUGUUAUAUACCCUUUGUUGGCAAUGACACAGGUCAAACAUUUUCUGUAAGUCUUCACAAGGUUUUCACACACUGUUGCUGGUAUUUUGGCCCAUUCCUCCAUGCAGAUCUCCUCUAGAGCAGUGAUGUUUUGGGGCUAUCGCUGGGCAACACGGACUUUCAACUCCCUCCAAAGAUUUUCUAUGGGGUUGAGAUCUGGAGACUCCAGGACCUUGAAAUGCUUCUUACGAAGCCACUCCUUCGUUGCCCGGGCGGUGUGUUUGGGAUCAUUGUCAUGCUGAAAGACCCAGCCACGUUUCAUCUUCAAUGCCCUUGCUGAUGGAAGGAGGUUUUCACUCAAAAUCUCACGAUACAUGGCCCCAUUCAUUCUUUCCUUUACACGGAUCAGUCGUCCUGGUCCCUUUGCAGAAAAACAGCUCCAAAGUAUGAUGUUUUCAUUCCCAUGCUUCACAGUAGGUAUGGUGUUCUUUGGAUGCAACUCAGCAUUCUUUGUCCUCCAAACACGACGAGUUGAGUUUUUACCAAAAAGUUAUAUUUUGGUUUCAUCUGACCAUAUGACAUUCUCCCAAUCCUCUUCUGGAUGCACUCUAGCAAACUUCAGACGGGCCUGGACAUGUACUGGCUUAAGCAGGGGGACACGUCUAGCACUGCAGGAUUUGAGUCCCUGGCGGCGUAGUGUGUUACUGAUGGUAGGCUUUGUUACUUUGGUCCCAGCUCUCUGCAGGUCAUUCACUAGGUCCCCCCGUGUGUUUCUGGGAUUUUUGCUCACCGUUCUUGUGAUCAUUUUGACCCCACGGGGUGAGAUCUUGCGUGGAGCCCCAGAUCGAGGGAGAUUAUCAGUGGUCUUGUAUGUCUUCCAUUUCCUAAUAAUUGCUCCCACAGUUGAUUUCUUCAAACCAAGCUGCUUACCUAUUGCAGAUUCAGUCUUCCCAGCAUGGUGCAGGUCUACAAUUUUGUUUCUGGUGUCCUUUGACAGCUCUUUGGUCUUGGCCAUAGUGGAGUUUGGAGUGUGACUGUUUGAGGUUGUGGGCAGGUGUCUUUUAUACUGAUAACAAGUUCAAACAGGUGCCAUUAAUACAGGUAACGAGUGGAGGACAGAGGAGCCUCUUAAAGAAGAAGUUACAGGUCUGUGAGAGCCAGAAAUCUUGCUUGUUUGUAGGUGACCAAAUACUUAUUUUCCACCAUAAUUUGCAAAUAAAUUCAUAAAAAAUCCUACAAUGUGAUUUUCUGGAUUUUCUUUUCUCAAUUUGUCUGUCAUAGUUGACGUGUACCUAUGAUGAAAAUUACAGGCCUCUCUCAUCUUUUUAAGUGGGAGAUCUUGCACAAUUGGUGGCUGACUAAAUACUUUUUUCCCCCACUGUAUCAUUAGCAUCGCUAAUGGCUACACAAAGUGGUACACAUAUAGGCCCUACGCGCACCACACACAGCGGGGCUUGACAUUCAGGUAAACUUGGCAAUGGCACACUAGGCCAGUGCCAACUGAAAGCUACUGACCCAAAUGGAAAAAUGUACUGGCCCGGGUCAAGAUCUGACAGAAAAGUGAAUGAUGCGUGUAUAAUUUCAAUACCAGGUGAUUUUAUCUUUCAUUUGGGGGCUGAGCAAGUAGCCUAUACAGGGUUCAUACAGACAUUGCCAAGUUAAGUUAAAAUCGGGUUCCUUUUGUAAUGGAACGCUUUAUGUUGAAGCCAACAUUCGACGUUGUCUUGCUCAUAAUAACCGCACAUGGUUUUACCUGCGACAAGCGCAACAGAGUAGUGCAACACCCUUCAAUAGAGAUGGCGGCAAACAAACAAAAGUGCCUCAUCAUAACUGAUCAGAAAUGAUAUCAUGGAAUAAUUAAGAUUACGGUUAGGUUAAACAGUUAGGGAAAGGGUAAGCUAACAUGCAAAGUACCUCAAUAGUAGUAAGUAUCUGCAAAGUUGCUAUAGUUGUCCGUGAUGAGAUUCGAACACGCAACCUUUGGGUUGCUAGACGUUUGCGUUAUUUGCCCGACCAAUCACCCUCCUUUCGUUUUUACAUUAAGUAACCUUCUGUCUUAUGUAACCAUACAAAAAGUAACAUAUCAUACUAAUUUGAGGGUCACGGAUUUCCAUUUAGUAUGUUACGUCUAGUCUAUGAGACCAGGCUGCUACUUCAGAGCAAUUACUCAGGAAUGAGGCAAGAGCUAACACAACUCCAGGAGCAUCUGUACUGCCAAUACAUGUCCUUUAUUUCACUGUUACAGCAUUUCCAAACCUAUAAAUGAAUGAGUUGCUCCAUCCAUUGUUUUUCCACACGUUUAUCAUUAAAUGAAUUAAAGCCUUUUGCACGUUAAGUGGAAAUGUUCCCUCUUGAUUUGUCCUGUUCCAAGAGUGCACUUGUGUUAUAAUUGGUUUGUGUAAAUCAGGGGUCACAGGGCUGAGUGGCUGACACAGUUACAGCUGAGCCCCAUCCUAUCUCUCCCUCUAACACGCACACAGAGGAGCACAGUGGCCAGGAUGUCUGCAGUGUGUUCCUGGUGAUUUGAUGGAAAGCCUCUUUGGACACAUGUGGCAGCAGUAUAUUUAAUUUGAAAAACUCUGACGUUUACGAUGGGGACGAAGAGAGGGGGCACAGCCACGGCCUUGAACAAGCCCAUUGAUUGGACCUUGCCGAGAGAGGGAGGAAUAGAUGGAGAGUGUUAUAGACAGGACAGUGGACACUGAACGGGCUUGAGGAGACGAGUCAGUAAAGAGAAGAUGCUGGGAACUCAGAGGAGAGAUGGGCUGUGGAGCACUCUGCCCACCAGGUAGGACAGCCUGUUACUAUUCACCUACCCUCCGCCGGAGCAUGAGGAGAGGAAGGAGAAACACUGUGGCUGUGUCUCAAUAAUCUAAAGGGGCAUCUUUUGCUGGUUUCCGUUCCUCCAUUAACACACGGAUGACGUUGCAGGAUAGCUGAAAGCAAUAUGGUGGAUACCUACUAGGUAUUGGUUUUCACCCAUCCAGCUCCUUCAUAUCAGUACAUAUGAAGGAAGGAGAUGAGGAAAGGAGACCCAGUGUCUCUGUAGCAGGUCUUGGCUAGGAUUAGCAGCCCACCUUGCAGCAUCACAUGCUCUGUGCAAAUCACCACUGGUCAAGAGGACAUUGUGUGUGGAGACAGUGUAAAGGGGUGGUAGAAAGGGCAGUGAUAAUACCUCUUAUUGUGUAGACACACGCUAAUGCAGGCAAUUUUCAGUCAUACAAUUAUAUCUGAGAGAAGGGAUGCGUCGUGCUGUCAGGACACAGGAGGAUAUGGUGCUCAAUGGCGGUCUUCAAAAGGGCUGCUGAUGGUGUUGAUUAAGAGGAUGUCAUCCUCACUGGGAAGGAAGGCUGAGAAAUCCAGCACAGGAUGUUCACACCAUUACAGGUGUCACUGACACUGUCUGACACACAGCAGUAUGUUGAAAUGCAUGGCAGGGCAGGGGUUGAUGGGAAACCAGGAAGUUCUGUGUAAUAAAUAGGCUAAUAACAGAUCUCUCGAGCCAGACUGCUUACUUCCACAAUCUUUGAAUGCCUAUAGGCUUACGUUGCUCCAAGGUCGGGGAUAUCCAAGACUAACAGAUGGGGAAAUUAUAUUGUCUUGAUUAACUGAGAACAGUGUCAGAUCAGAUAAGUAGAUUCAGGAACGGUGACACAGAAAGCUGAGCUGGUGCAGUGAGCUAAGGAAAAAAACAAUAAGAAUCAUCCCCUUUAGAACAUCUCUCCUCUGUUGUGAGAAAUAACCUUGGGAGGACAAGCGUAUGUGGCUGGAGGAGGCCCAGUAAGUAGUAGACUGAGGAAAUGCCUGUCUGGAGGACAGAAGAAGGGCUUUUCCUAGACUUAAGAUAAAAUUGCAGUGUUUUUCCCAUUUGCAGGUGAGGGAAAGUCCAUAUUCCUUGAGGAAAGACAGAGAAACCAGUGGGUGAAACCACUUACAGAAAGAACCACUACACCUCAAUAACAUACCGUAUUCGACAUGAUAAAGCAAGCAAAGCCCAAUUCUGCUCCUGUGUUAAUGCUAGGCUAUUUGGACCAAAUGGCUGUGGGAGUAGUUAGCUAGUGUAUUAGUGGUGUGGGAACACUAUUGCAGUGCUAUCAUGUUCUGUUAGGAAGCACUUCAGAGAGGAUGGUGCCAAUUUUGAAAUCCUUAUCCCAGUAGUUGGGAACCCACAUGUCCCCCGCCUUAACAACAUCCUCUCAUUGUCCCCCUGACCUUCACACUUAUUUCUGGUGGAUUGGUCAUACUGGCAGAAUUCUCACUGACACUAAAAUAAGAGCAAAAAGAAACAUGUAGUAGUAGUAGUAGUCUAAAUUGUAUAAAGCCUUUUUCGUAGAAUCAUCACAGGUUGUAAGUGGCUUACUGUUUGUACCGCCUCCUUUGCUAUGUGAAUUUAUAGCUAUUGCACUGAAAGGUGGAGGUUUGAGAGGGUGCAUUGUGAGUGAUGUGGUGUGGUCUCUCUCCCAUCUCUCCCUCCUUCCCUACAGUGUCUGAGCUCCAGGAGGAAGGAAUGAACGCCAUCAACCUGCCCCUGAGCCCCACCCAAUAUGAACUGGACCCAGAGGACACCAUGCUAGGUAAGUACAGCACAGUACAGUACACCAUCUAUCCCAAUCUGAGAGCCCUGGUCAUAAAUUAUGAAAUGUCUUGACACUGGCUAUACCCAACCGUUCUUUCUGUUUCUACAGAGGAGAAUGAGGUCCGCACCAUGGUUGACCCCAACUCCAAGAACGAUAGCAAACUACAGGAACUCCAGAAGGUGCUGAUCGACUGGAUCAAUGAUGUGUUGGUAGGAGAGAGGAUCAUCGUGAAGGACCUGGCUGAGGAUCUAUACGACGGGCAGGUUCUGCAGAAACUCUUCGGUGAGGAACAAGUCCCUUAUUGGUUCUCCAUCAAACUUAAAGGAACACUAAUUCCACUCUACUACCAAUCACCUUCUCCCUCUGGCCUUUCUCUCUUUGACAGGAAUGCCUGUAUUUAUGCUAAAGAAGACCACUGACCAAAUUAAUGAAUGCUGUUGUCUUUAUAUGCGUGUCUCAGAGAAGCUGGAGGGUGAGAAACUGAACGUGGCUGAGGUGACCCAGUCAGAGAUCGCCCAGAAGCAGAAGCUGCAGACAGUUCUGGAGAGGAUCAACGACUCCAUCAAGAUCUCCGCCAGGAGCAUCAAAUGGAACGUGGACUGUAAGUAGAGGCUGAGAACUACACUGAACAAAAAUAUAAACGCAACAUGUAAAGUGUUGGUCCCAUGUUUCAUGAGCUGAAAUAAAAUAUCCCUGAAAUUUUCCAUACGGACAAAAAGCUUAUUUCUCUCAAAUGUUCUACACAAAUUUGUUUACAUCCCUGUUAGUGAGCAUUUCUCCUUUGCCAAGAUAAUCCAUCCACCUGACAGGUGUGGCAUAUCAAGAAGCUGAUUAAACAGCAUGAGCAUUACACAGGUGCACCUUGUGCUGGGGACAAAAAAAGGCCACUCAAAAAUGUGCAGUUUUGUCACACAACACAAUGCCACAGAUGUCUCAAGUUUUGAGGGAGUGUGCAAUUGGCAUACUCACUGCAGGAAUGUCCACCAGAGUUGCCAGAGAAUUGAAUGUUCAUUUCUCUACCAUAAGCCGCCUCCAACGUCAUUUUAUGAGAUGCAGAGAUGUGUCGCGCUGCAUGAGGCAAAUGGUAGUCACCAGAUACUGACCCUUCAAAUUGCUGGAAUCGACUAUAUAUUUUUAAGAGCUCAGUGACUUUCAACGUGACACCGUCAUAGGAUGGCACCUUUCCAGCAAGUCAGUCAAAUUUCUGCCCUGCUAGAGCUGCCCCGGUCAACUGUAAGUGCUGUUAUUGUGAAGUGGAAACGUCUAGGCGUGACAAUGACAUUAUAGACGAUUCUGUGCUUCCAACUUUGUGGUAACAGUUUGGGGAAAGCCCUUUCCUGUUUCAACAUGCCAAUGCUCCCAUGCACAAAGCGAGGUCCAUACAGAAAUGGUUUAUUGAGAUCGGUGUGGAAGAGUUUGACUGGCCUGCACAGAGACCUGACCUAAACCCCAUCGAACACCUUUGGGAUGAAUUGGAAUGCCGACUACGAGCCAGACCUAAUCGCCCAACAUAAGUGGCCGACCUCACUAAUGCUCUUGUAGCUGAAUGGAAGAAAGUCCCCGCAGCAAUGUUCCAACAUCUAGUGGAAAGCCUUCCCAGAAGAGUGGAGGCUGUUAUAGCUGCAAAGGGGGGACCAACUCCAUAUUAAUGCCCAUGAUUUUGGAAUGAGAUGUUCGACAAGCAGGUGUCCACAUCCUUUUGGUCAUGUAGUGUAUCUGUGACCAACAGAUGCAUAUCUGUAUUCCCAGUCAUGUGAAAUCCAUAGAUGAGGGCCUAAUACAUUUAUUUAAAUUGACAGAUUUCCUUAUAUGAACUGUAACUCAGUAAAAUCUUUGAAAUUGUUGCGUUUGUUUUUGUUCAGUGUAUGUCGUAUUCAUUAGAGCACACAGUAGCAAAACGUUUUGCAAGGGGAAAUUUAAAAUCAGUGUUUUUAUUGGACAGGUUCAGCUAGUCCCUCCAUGUUUCAGUCGGUUUUCCUCUGUUUGGUGCUAAUGAAUGCAGCCCUGGAGAGACAGACUAAGUGGUCAGACAGAUGGACUACGCGGGUGAUGUUCAGCUAGUUAGGACUCCAUACUUUCCUCACUGGUGAUUGAGUUUUCUCUGCUUCCCUUUGCUUUCACUCUAAUGAGGAGGAGUGUCUGUCUGUACAUUUCAGUGAAGCACUUUAGCUUUGCCUUGAUGUCUCUAUUUUAUGAAAUGAUUUUAUUAGGGCUGUGAUGAUACCAGUAUCUUAAUAUUUUUCCCAUGACAAAAAUUAAAACACGAAGCAGAACCAACUCUUUGGUCCUUUUAAAAACCUGCUGUAUGUAAAAUAUUGUGUGCUAUAGCUUGGAAAAUAAAUACAUGUGACUGGAUGACAACAUAAUAAUGUUUGUUUCCAGCAUUAGGGCUGUUUCCCUAAAGAAGUUAAAUCCGCUUUGUGUUUUGUUUCUUUGCCACGAUACUAACGAGUAUCGCGAUACUGUUAUCAUCCCAGCCCUAGAAUACAUGGGUGAUGUUUCAAGUUUUAAUGUCACAUAGACAAGUACAGUGAAAAGCCUUUCUUGCCAGCUCUAACCCCAACAAUGCAGUAAUCAAUAACAAUGUAAUACUAAAAAUAACAAGGUAGAACAAAAACACACAAGAUAUAAAAAUAAGAAAAACACAAAUUAAGUAAGCAUACUAUAUACAGGGUCAGUUCCAGUACCAUAUUUACAAUGUGCAGGGAUACUGGAUCGAUAUUCAGCUAGUAAAGAGUCCAUACUUGUGUCACUGGUCAUUGAGUUCUCUGCUUCCCAUUGAGCUUUCACUCUAAUGAAGAGGAAUGUCUGUCUGUCUACAUUUCAGUGAAGCACUUUAGUUUUGCCUUGAUGUCUCUAUUUUAUAAAAGCUUUUUAACCAGAAGAUGGUAAUAGCACUCAGAAAUUGUUUUAGCAACAUGUUUGUAUGAGAAAAUGAGAGGGAUAAACUGAUGAGUGAAGUAGUCAAGGAAAUAUACAGUGCCUUCAGAAAGUAUUCAUACCCCUUAACUUAUUCCACAUUUUGUUGUCUUACAGCCUGAAUUCAAAAUGGAUUAAAUAUAUUUAUCUCACUCAUCUACACACAAUACCCAAUAAUGACAGUGACCACAGAAUCUUUUGCCUUAUGCUCCAAGUCUUUCACGUGCCUUUUUUUGCAAACUCCAGGCGUGCUGUCAUGUGACUUCUUCUCAGGAGUGGCUUCCGUCUGGCCACUCUCCAAUAAAGCCCAGAUUGGUGAAGUGCUGUAGAGACUGUUGUCCUUCUGGCAGGUUCUCCCAUCUCAAGGCAGAGUAUUUUAUUUCCCAGUGAUGGAGACCACUGUGCUCUUGCAAACUUUCAACACUCAAGAAAUUGUUUUAUACCCUUCCCCAGAUACACUAAAUGACCAAAAGUAUGUGGACACCAGCUCGUCAAACAUUUCAUUCCAAAAUCAUGGACAUUAAUAUGGAGUUGAUCCCCCCCAUUUGUUGCAAUAACAGCCUCCACUAUUCUGGGAAGGCUUUCCACUAGAUGUUGGAACAUUGCUGCGGGGACUUCCAUUCAGCAUUAGUGAGGUUGGGCGAGUAGGCCUGGCUCGCAGUCGGCGUUCCAAUUAAUCCCAAAGGUGUUCGAUGGGGUUGAGGUCAGGGCUCUGUGCAGGCCAGUCAAGUUCUUCCACACCGAUCUCGACAAACCAUUUCUGUAUGGACCUCGCUUUGUGCACAGGGGCAUUGUCAUGCUGAAACAGGAAAGGGCCUUCCCAAACUGUUGCCACAAAGUUGGAAGCACAGAAUCGUUUAGCAUUUCGUUGUAUGCUGUAGCGUUAAGAUCUCCCUUCACUGGAACUAAGGGGCCUAGCCCGAACCAGCCCCAGACCAUUAUUCCUCCUCCACUAAACUUUACAGUUGGCACUAUGCAUUCAGGUAGGUAGCAUUCUCCUGGCAACCGCCAAACCCAGAUUUGUCUGUUGGAUUGCCAGAUGGUGAAGCGUGAUUCAUCACUCCAGAGAACGCGUUUCCACUGCUCCAGAGUCCAAUGGCGCAAGCUUUACACCACUCCAGCCGACGCUUGGCAUUGCGCAUGGUGAUCUUAGGCUUGUGUGCGGCUGCUCGGCCAUGGAAACCCAUUUCAUGAAGCUCCCGACGAACAGUUCUUGUGCUGACGUUGCUUCCAGAGGCAGUUUGGAACUCAGUAGUGAGUGUUGCAGCCGAGGACAGACUCAUGCCCUGUCAACUGUGGGACCUUAUAUAGACCGGUAUAUUUAUUUCUAAAUCAUGUCCAAACAAUUUAAUUGGCCACAGGUGGACUCCAAGUUGUAGUGACAUCUCAAGGAUGAUCAAAGGAAAUUGGAUGCACCUGAGCUCAAUUUGGAGUGUCAUAGCAAAGAGGUGUGAAUACUUGUGUAAAUAAGAAAUGUAUGCAUUUCAUUUUCAAUACAUUUGCAAAGAUUUCUGAAAACAUGUUUUCACUUUGUCAUUAUAGGUGUUGUGUGUAGGGAAAGUGGAUAGAUACCUAGUCAGUUGUACAACUGAAUGCAUUCAACCGAAAUGUGUCUUCCGCAUUUAACCCAACCCCUCUGUAUCAGAGAGGUGCGGGGGUCUGCUUUAAUCGACAUCAUCGGCGCCCGGGGAGCAGUUGUUGUUGGGGGUUAACUGGUUAAUAUUUAUUCAAACCAACAACCUUUCGGUUACUGGCCCAACGCUCUUAACCGCUAGGCUACCUCUAGAAAAAAAUCUAUUUCAUCCAUUUUGACUUCAGGCUCUAACACAACAAAAUGUGGAAUAAGUCAAGGGGUAUGAAUACUUUCUGAAGGCACUGUACAUAUUCAUCAAGGUAAGAGGUUUGUUUUGAAAGGAGCAUGAAUGCAUGAAAUGACUACAUCAAAAAGAGAAACACUUGUAUGACAUGUUGGAGUCUUUGAUAAAAAUGUACUGCAGACUUUUGUCACCCAAGUGCUAACCGAAUCGAUGCAAUUGUUCCCUGCUUUCAACCUCUUCUUUUAAGCUGGGGAAAAACACUUAAGGGGGAUGUAACACACUCCUCUGUUCUGAUCCACUUAGCCUGAGAGGAUCAAACAGAUAUCAGAGGGCUUUUAGAUACCUCUCCUUUAAUUUAGCAUUGUAGUAGGGAGAAAUCAAAGCCUUGUUUACUUGAUUGUUCUUUCAAUCAUUCAAAGCUAAAGCAAAUCCCCUUUUCUGUCUGUCUCUUGUCCAGCUGUCCAUGCUAAGAGUAUAGUGGCCAUUCUUCACCUGUUGGUGGCGCUGUCUCAGCACUUCAGAGCACCAAUCAGACUUCCUGACCACGUGUCCAUCCAAGUAGUGGUGGUUCAGGUACUGUACAUCAUCUUAUUUGGCUUGAGAUAUAGUACACAUGGAUGACAUUUGAAAUAGCCUAAGUAUCUGAAGUCGUAUGCAUAUUAGUUACACGUUAAAAUAACUUUGCUAUACAUGCUUAUAAAUGUGUUGAAUAAUAAUGAAAUACUCCUACUCUUUAAAUACAAUUAUUGUCCCCUUUAAUGCAAGGCAGAUUCUCCUUUUUCAUUUGCCAUUUUAUCUUUCUUUUUUCUCAGAAAAGGGAGGGAAUUCUUCAGUCCCGCCAGAUCCAGGAGGAGAUCACAGGCAAUACAGAGUAUGUCAGCUCUCAGAUCAUCUCUUUUCUCAUUGAGAGAACUCUCACUCCUCACUCAGUCUGUUAUGUCAGAAAUAGAGAGAGGUUUACCUUAGUACACCACAUGAUAUCAUUGUCCCUCCCAAAAACACAAUGCAAUCUUAUUUCCAAUAUUUAGUAUGUAUAGAUUUUCCUCUCUCAAAUGCAAUCCCUCCUGCAGCCUUUAUGAAAGGCUAUUUUCUGAAAUAACUGCAUUCUAUUAUAAGUGUUCAAGCACAAUUAUUUCGCCAGCAUCUAUGAACACAGUAGACCAUUGUAUGGACAGGGAAGUGUGGUUCCUUGCCAGUGUAGCACAGCCCCAGCUGAGGUUGGAGCGGUCCAGCAAGCCCAGAGCAGCUGGGGAGAUAAGUGGGCGAGCAGAGCGCUCAUAUUAUAGUCAUGGUCACAGGGUUGUUAUCAUACGACCUGGACCGCUGCCCAGCCCUGCCACUGUCAUUAGAGAUUACACCAUGAAGAGAAGGAGUGCUGUGUGUGUGUGUGUGUGUGUGUGUGUGUGUGUGUGUGUGUGUGUGUCCAAGCCAUCCCUUGUUGGCCUCCUUUGUGUGAUAGCUGUAGGGAUGUUGCAGCAGCCCCUCGACCCAACAUGCCUGGCUCCUCUGACAAUGCCACAAUGGACACAUCCAUUUUGUUAAAUGUUCACUAAAGUGAACCUAUUAUGUACUCCAUCAACAUUACUGUAUUCACCACCAACAUUCCUCUUUAUCUGGUUGAGAUAAACGUAUCAAUAGGAGUUGUAGAAUAGAAGUAUGCUGAUAUAGAAAUGUAAUUGAAUUCUUUGCAACCUGUCCUUGCAGACCAAAUGUAGGUUUAUAACUAGUUCACUUCUCAUUUCCCUCAGGGCUUUAUCUGGGAGACAUGGUACGUGUUCACUGUUUAUUCUCUACUGAUGCAUUUUCUCAUGAGUCACAGUGAACAAUAUACAUUUUUUGUCUUCAUAGCACAGUUUUCAGUACUUGUCAUUGACAACCUUGACCUUUUUUUACAUUGUAUUAACGGUAUUACUGUUCUCUCCGUCCAUUAAGAGCGAGAUGCUUUCGACACCCUGUUUGACCAUGCUCCAGACAAGCUCAAUGUGGUGAAAAAGGUACUGUGUGUUAUUUGUUAAAACUGUAGCAGUGUUUUAUUGUACUUUUGCUAUUGUUUUGGCUGUACUCCAGCACAUGUUACAAUGACUAUGAGGUUAAAGCGCAGACGGUCAGCUUUGAUUUGAGGGUAUUUUCAUCCAUAUCUGGUGAACAGUUUAGAAAUUACAGCACAUGUUGUGGUCCUCUGUAGCUCAGCUGGUAGAGCACGGCGCUUUUAACGCCAAGGUGGUGGGUUCGAUCCCCGGGACCACCCAUACACAAAAAAAAUGUAUGCACGCAUGACUGUAAGUCGCUUUGGAUAAAAGCGUCUGCGAAAUGGCAUAUUAUAUUAUUAUAUUAUUAUUAUUAUAUUAUUAUUAUUAUUAUAUUAUAUUAUUAUUAUUAUAUUAUUAUUAUUAUAUUAUUGUACAUAGUCCCCCCAUUUUAGGGAUCCAAAAGUAUUUGGACAAAUUCAAGUAGUCAAGUGUUGUAUUUGGUCCCAUAUUUCUAGCAUGCAAUGACUACAUCAAGCUUGUGACUAAAACUUGUUGGAUGCAUUUGCAGUUUGUUUUGAUUGUGUUUUAGAUUAUUUAGAACAGAAAUUAAUGGUAAAAACUCAAAACCUCCAAAAUACAUUAUUUACCAUUCAUUUCUAUUGGGCACAAAAUAAUUUGAAACACAACCAAAACAAACUGCAAAUGCAUCCAACAAGUUUGUAGAGUCGCACAUUAAGAAUAUGGGACCAAAUACAAAACGUUUGAAUAAUUUAAAGGUCCAAUGCAGCCGUUUUUAUCUCCAUAUCAAAUAAUUUCUGGGUAACAAUUAAGUACCUUACUGUGAUUGUUUUAAAUUAAAAUAGUCAAAAAGAAACAAAAAAUAACUUCUUAGCGAAGACCAGUUUUUCAAGCAAUAAUUUUGCUUGGACUGUCUGGGAGUGGUCUGAGUAGGGAGGGGGAAAUUGAAAAUGUGCUGUUAUUGGCAGAGAGGUUUGGAACUCUCUUUCUUAUUGGUCUAUUAACUAAUUUACCAUAUGGUGAUGUCACCAUGGAAGACCAAAUCUCCAUCCCAACAAAACAGGCUGAAAUGUCUGUCUUUUCAAACAGCUCUUACACUAAAUGGACAUUAUCAUAAUUUUCAAAAUGUCACAGUAUUAUUCCAACCUCCUAGUCUGGAAAUAUAUAUAAAACAAAGGAAAAUCACAUUUUACACGUAUAAUUGAAUUUGUCCAAAUACUUUUGGUUCUCUAAAAUUGGGGGACUAGGUACAAAAAGUGCUCUAAUUUCUAAACGGUUCUCCCGAUAUGGAUGAAAAUACCCUCAAUUUAAAGCUGACAGUCUGCACUUUAAGAUCAUAGUAUUGUACCAUUUUCAAAUCCAAAGUGCUGGAGAACAGAGCCAAAACAACAACAAAUGUGUCACUGUCCAAAUACUUUACACUGUAAAUGGCUGCUGUUUCCACAGACUCUCAUCACCUUUGUGAACAAACACUUGAACAAGCUCAAUCUGGAGGUGGCUGAAUUGGACACACAGGUACAGUAUAUGAACUAUAAUUAUCUAACCAGAAUCAUACCUCAACUUGUAUAUUGAUAUGAAUAACCAUGUUUUGGGUUUUUUCAUCUGUAGUUUGCUGACGGUGUGUACCUGGUUCUGCUGAUGGGACUGCUGGAGGGCUACUUUGUUCCGCUCUAUCAUUUCUUCCUGACACCUGAGAACUUUGACCAAAAGGUAUGUUAACAUUUUCUCUCCAUUUUGCCAAAUUGUAUAUUUUCUGUGUGUGGUGCACUUGACAGUGAACACACUAGUUUAAUACAUUUCCAGCAAAUUAUGAUUUUAUGGCCCUAAUUGUUGAAAAAUCAAUUGGAAUAAAACAUAAUUCAAUCAUUUGCAUCAUUCUGUUAAAUUCAAGAGUUAAAAUCCUUCAAAAUUAUUUGUAUUUAUCAUGUAGAUUAUUCCAAACUGUCCAACAGACAAUGUGCAACCCAAAGCCUCUUGAUAGCUAUUCUUAGCAGGCUUUCUAAAGGGACGCCCUGUCAGACCUGAGCCUGGGUCCUCUCCUGCAGGCUGUGCUGUGCCAAGCAGAGUGGGCACCCACCCACAAGUAGCAUCUGUAAUCUGCUCCUGCACAGGAAAUCAAUAAGUGGCCAGGAGAUUAGCACUAAUGCAGGGAGAGGGAGGGGAGCAGGGACAAGGGGUCCUUUCAGGGACAGCUGCUAUAUAGGAGUGCCCGCUAUGCGCCUGAAGGAAUCCUCCAAUGGUUGGUCUUGCUUGAUUUCUACACCACCCUCUCUCUGUCCUGCUCCCUUUCUCCCUCUCCCACCCUCUCUCUCUCUAGCUCUGUCUCAAGCUCUCUCUUGCUCUCACUCGCUCAAGCUUUGGCUACUAAUUUCCCUCUCCAUAUUUCCUAAAUCUCCUUAAACUCCUAGCUGAUCUGUUCUAAGAAUUACCAGGCGCUGUACUGACACUCAGUACCACACUUUUACAUGAACCAACUCAACCAAACAACAACCACAUUCUGACUGAAACACCUCCUCCUUCCUCUAGUGUUUUAGCUGGUGCAGAGGGAGUGUUUGUCCAGCUGGAAAGGGGUUAUGGGUUUAUUGAGCUGAUGUUUACACACCGAGGAACAUGUGGUAGGGGAACUGUAAUGACCUGUGUGAAUUGUAUGUGUUGUGUGUUGGUUGGAGAGCUGUUUCCUCAAACUGUAGCCUACCUUUGCGUGGCUCUUGUGUUGUGUAAUGUUGCUGUCAUUGUGUUUCUGUCAUGCAGGUGCACAACGUCUCCUUCUCCUUUGAGCUGAUGCAAGACGGAGGUCUGGAGAGACCCAGACCCAGGCCUGAAGGUAUGUGUUCUCCUUUAGGAUGCCAUUUAUAGUUGCUAUGGACAAUUAUGUUUAGUUUAAAUGUUUUUCUUCCUUUUCUGAGGCUGAACAUUUAGUGCAAAACCAUAUGGAGCAAUAGAUAUAAUCCUGAUAAUUCAAUGUGUCAGUGUUUUAAUUGUAUCGGUCUCUAAAUAAAUUAUUUGUUUAUGAGAAUUCCGUCAGGCACUAAGCCCUGACGGCAGUAUUCUCACAUAAAGCCAAACUUCUUCCAGACUUGGUUAUAUGCUCUUUCACUCUACCAAUCCAUUCAGUGAAUCUCAAAUGUCACACUAUGUUUAAGUAGAAGCAUUACACGCCAAGCCCCUUUGUGGAUGGAUUUCUUUUUGGGUUCUGUGUGUGUGUGUACUUAAUGUAUUUUUUCAUUUGUUUUUAGUAUUAUUUAGUAGUGUGUCUAUGAAUGCGUGUUGAAACACAUUCAUGUUCAGUGUACUAUUUAAUUGGCAGUGUGAUUGUCAUUUCUGAAUCGGAAUGCUUUUCUCAGGGUCAAAACACUUCCUUUAUGCCAUAUCCUGCUGGAUUUCUAUUCAAAAAUAUGUUUUUAGAGAUGGCUGUCUGUAUGUGUUUAUUCAUAUGUUCUUUUUUCCCAGAUAUCGUGAACUGUGACCUCAAGUCAACGCUGAGGGUGCUGUAUAACCUGUUCACCAGGUACAGAAAUGUGGACUGA